UUGAUCCUGAUGACCUUUAUUCAGGGGUCAAUUUCUCCAAGGUUCUGAGUACUCUCUUAGCUGUCAACAAGGCAACAGAAGAUCAGCUAUCAGAAAGACCAUGUGGACGUUCCUCUUCUCUUAGUGCUGCUAAUAGUUCUCAGACAAACCCACAGGGAGCAGUUACUAGCACAGCUCCAGGACUGCAAAGGCAGUCAAAGACAGCGGAGAUGACAGAGAAUGGAAGUCACCAGUUGAUAGUAAAGGCGAGAUUCAACUUUAAGCAGACAAAUGAAGAUGAACUGUCAGUCUGUAAAGGGGACAUCAUUUACGUCACUCGAGUUGAAGAGGGAGGCUGGUGGGAAGGCACAUUAAAUGGAAGAACAGGCUGGUUCCCUAGUAAUUAUGUCCGAGAAAUUAAAUCCAGUGAGAGACCUCUUUCUCCCAAGGCUGUCAAAGGAUUUGAUCCUGCUCCACUUACCAAGAAUUAUUAUUCUGUGGUGUUACAGAACAUCCUGGACACUGAAAAAGAGUAUGCAAAAGAACUUCAGUCUCUUCUUGUUACUUACUUGAGACCCCUACAGUCCAAUAACAAUCUAAGUUCUGUGGAGUUCACAUCUUUGCUAGGAAACUUUGAGGAAGUAUGCACGUUUCAACAGACACUUUGCCAAGCCUUGGAAGAGUGUUCAAAAUUUCCAGAAAACCAACACAAAGUAGGAGGUUGUCUCCUGAAUCUUAUGCCUCAUUUUAAAUCUAUGUAUAUGGCUUACUGUGCAAAUCAUCCUUCAGCCGUAAACGUUCUCACUCAGCACAGUGAUGAUCUGGAACAAUUUAUGGAAAACCAAGGUGCAUCCAGCCCAGGCAUCCUCAUUUUAACAACAAGCCUCAGCAAACCAUUCAUGCGACUGGAAAAGUAUGUUACUCUCCUGCAAGAGUUGGAACGACAUAUGGAGGAUACACAUCCAGAUCAUCAGGAUAUUCUGAAGGCAAUCAUAGCAUUCAAAGCUCUCAUGGGGCAGUGCCAAGAUCUGAGAAAAAGAAAACAGCUGGAGUUGCAGAUACUUUCUGAGCCUAUUCAGGCAUGGGAAGGGGAGGAUAUUAAAACCUUGGGAAAUGUGAUGUUCAUGUCACAAGUCAUGGUGCAGUAUGGAACAUGUGAGGAAAAAGAGGAACGAUACCUUUUGUUAUUUCCAAAUGCCUUGAUAAUGUUGUCUGCAAGUCCUCGGAUGAGUGGCUUUAUCUAUCAGGGAAAAAUACCAACAGCGGGCAUGGUGGUGACUAGAUUAGAUGAAAUUGAAGGGAAUGACUGCACCUUGGAAAUCACAGGCACCAUGGUAGAUAGACUAGUGGUCCAUUGCAACAACAACCAGGACUUCCAAGAAUGGUUGGAGCAGCUGAGCAGACUGAUCAGAGGACCUGCCUCCUGCAGUUCAUUAUCCAAAACAUCAUCAUCAUCAUGUAGUGCUCAUUCUUCUUUUAGCUCUACCGGACAGUCCCGAGGACCCUUGGAGCCUCCUCAAAUUAUAAAACCGUGGAGUUUAAGUUGUCUGCGACCUGCACCUCCACUUAGACCAUCAGCAGCUCUAGGUUAUAAAGAGAGGAUGUCUUAUAUCUUAAAGGAGUCUAGUAAAAGCCCCAAAACGAUGAAGAAGUUUCUUCAUAAAAGAAAGACUGAGAGAAAACCAUCAGAGGAGGAGUAUGUGAUCAGGAAAAGUACAGCCGCUCUGGAAGAGGAUGCUCAGAUUCUAAAAGUGAUUGAAGCCUACUGCACCAGUGCCAGUUUUCAACCAGGCCACGGCUCAAGUGCUCGCAAAGAUUCUGUUCCUCAAGUCCUACUGCCUGAGGAAGAGAAACUCAUCAUUGAAGAAACCAGGAGCAAUGGCCAGACCAUCACAGAAGAAAAGAGCCUUGUCGAUACUGUUUAUGCCUUGAAGGAUGAAGUCAAAGAACUGAAGCAGGAGAAUAAAAGAAUGAAACAAUGUCUGGAAGAAGAACUGAAGUCAAGAAGGGACCUAGAAAAGCUGGUUCGGAGGCUGUUGAAGCAAACUGAUGAAUGCAUGCGAGCUGAGUCCGGUAGCAAGACCUCAAUUCUUCCAUAAGCAUCACUGAGCAACUGGGAGGAGUGUGCUUUCAGGGCAUCUUGAAAUGUCUGGUCAAAGAAUUUGACUCAGUUUGCUUGCUCACUUCUUUGGCUUUUAGUUUGAAUUUGAGUAUUUCUAGUUUCUCUCUCUCUCUCUCUCUCUCUCUCUGUCUCUCUCUCUCUUUC